CUUCGUACGUAAGGUGCGUAUCGACUUGUAAUCUGCGGUGUUGUUUUUAAAAUUACGUAAAGAUAUUUACGCGAAUUUUGUAAUAAUAUUUCCGUUCGGUCGUUUAUUUUUAUCGAAAAAUUUUCAUUUUUUUUCGUACGAAUUACGUGAUUUUUUUCGCGUACAAUUUUUCGCUUCUAUUUCCCUUAUUUUCGAAGUGUUUAUUUACCCCAGUGCUACUUAUUUUUGUUGUGUUUACGUUGCGAGAUUUUUUUCGAAAAUAUUUCGUCAGUUUUAAAUUUUUUUUUGACGUGUGAAUUGUGCUGUUCGUAAUUUUUUUUCUCGUAAUAUUUUAAUUCCGAGGAUGUUAUACUUUGUGAUAGUGCUUAUACUUUUUUUGGAAUAUUAUUGUGAACGUGCUUAAGUUACGAGAAAACAUACGUCGUCGAGGAUAUCAAAGGAUAAUAGUUAGGUGACAUCGUAAUGUGAUACUGGUUGCUGCACAGGACGAAAUUGGCGAACACGAUCUCACGGUAUACCUACAUCCUACAUCAUACAUAUACGUAUAGAUUAUUGGAUAACGAUGUCGGUAGUACCAUGAAGCAUCACUUCUAAUCACCCUUAUCCAAAGUUGAACCGGAGCUGCGGUGGUAGCGGCGUUAUCGAAUAUCAACCGACAAAUAUUUGAACGGGUACCGAAUUAUUUGACGCGUAAUGCUGACCGUUUGAAGUUGAUCUUGAUGGCGAUUUCAACGUAUUGGAGAAUACCACAUCUGGUGUAUGGAUCACCUACUUCUUGAAAUAGGUAGGUAAGUGAUGCAGUGGUAGUAAUCGAAUGUUUAUAGGUAUAUUUGUUUUCGGAGGAAGAAAUGAAUCGACGAAUGUGCAGCAGGAUACCCCGACCACAGGUGUCGUGAAGGGAGCGGUGGAGUUACAAGAGAAUUCGACGAAGUGAAGACUUCAUUACUUAGCCUCGUAUAAUCAGGCGUUUGGUAAUGUUUAAAAUCGUACUUUUUGAGCUGUGCGUUUGUGUGAGCUUGGCGAUAUCUCGCGAAGGCAUCAUGUCCGAGCAACGAUUCGCCAUCGAGCCCCAAGACCAGACGGCCAUCGUUGGAAAUCGUGUAACGUUACCCUGUCGCGUUAUCAAUAGGCUGGGCACGUUGCAAUGGACCAAAGAUGACUUUGCCUUGGGUACCCAUCGCAGCUUGAUGGAGUUCUUUCGGUAUACGAUGAUUGGCAGCGAUGAAGAAGGUGACUUCAGUCUGGCCAUCGAACCGGUAACAUUAGACGACGACGCAAGAUACCAAUGCCAAGUCUCACCAGGGCCAAACGGAGAGCCUGGAAUACGAUCACGAUUCGCCCGACUGACGAUCCUCGUCCCUCCGGAAAAACCUCGCAUCAUACAAGGCAGUUCCUUAGAGACGACCGAGGAUAGCGAAAUAAAACUCGAAUGCGUUUCACAUGGUGGAAAACCAGCAGCUGAGAUCACUUGGAUAGACGGUUUGGGUAACGUGGUUACGAAAAAAUCGCCUUCAGUCGAUAUCCAUUAUUACGUCGAACAGAUACCAGAAAGCAGACUAUUCGUGGCAAAGUCAAUUUUAACUCUAAGGCCAAAGAAAGAGCACCACAACACAACUUUCGUCUGCCAAGCUCAAAAUGCUGCCGAUCGAACAUACCAAAGCACGAAAAUCCUUCUUCUGGUGAAAUAUGCUCCUAAGGAUGAUGAGAACAAUUCGAAUGAUUUUUUCAUAAAGGUUACCGUAAACAUCGUGCCUGAUAAUCACAUGCUGAUCGAAGGAACCGAUGCUAAAUUGAUCUGCGAAGCAGACGCUAAUCCUCCGGACGUAACGUAUCGCUGGUACAUGAACCAACGUCCGGUAUUCCCGGAAAAUCCGGUCGAAUUUGUGUUAACCAAUAUCAGCAGAAAACAUCACGACAUGAUAGUUAAAUGCGAAGCUAGAAAUCUAGUCGGUAAAAGCGAAGAUUCGCAAACAUUAGAUGUGACAUAUGGACCUCGAUUCCGACAAAAACCGCGAUCUGUGCAAGCUGACCCGGGCACUGCUGUGAAUUUGGUUUGCGACGUUGAUGGAAAUCCACCACCGGAUAUUACGUGGAUACAUGCGAGAGACAAGGUGGUAGGUAAAUCAUCCAAUUUAACCAUCGUUGCUAGUAGAGAGACCACUGGAAGGUAUUACUGUCGAGCUCAUGUACCCGGAUUUCCCGAUAUUGGAGCGGAAGCUUAUGUGAAAAUGAAUUCUAAACCAUUGAUCAAAAAAGAUGGUAUACAGUACAGUAUGCUCGGAGAUACUGUGAGGUUAGAAUGUUCUGCCUAUUCUGUGCCGAUGCCUGAAAGGACCACUUGGUCUUUUAAUGGGCAAGAAAUUGGACCAAAUCAUCAAGAUUAUGCUGUGUUGGAAGAUCCGUUACCAGAAGGUGUCAAAAGCACCUUGAUUAUAAAAGAAGCUCGACUAGAACAUUAUGGCACGUACAAUUGUUCCGUUACCAAUCAGUAUGGUACAGAUGUGGCUGAUAUUACCUUAAAAUUACAAAAGAGUUUUCCAUUGACUGCAGUAUUAACAGCAGCUUUAGGAGGAGGAGUUCUACUCAUAACCUUGAUUAUGAUCAUUAUUACGUGUCAAAGAAAAGAUAAGAAGAAGACUAUUCCAGAAAUGGAAGCAAAUAAUAUAGAAAAACAAUGCAAAGAAUCAGACAAAUCAUCAAACAUAUCCGAGCUGAAAUUAGAAAUGCGAACAGGUUCAUCAGCCAGUAACAUAAAUUGCGAAUCAGACUACGGAGGUGGUCGCGAUUCGGAUAGCAUUAUUACCAGGGUAGCAGUCCCUCUAGCCGGUCCUGUACCCAUUGAUCAACGAUACUCGGUGAAUCGAUAUUCGUCCGGCGACUUCACCGAUCCUGUCUUCCAAAAUAAAGACGGACAAAAUAAUAACGGAUUUGUGCCAUAUCUCGAGUAUUCCAGAGACUACACGUCGCCUCUUUCGACGACCAUUUCGAACGGCGUGUCGCCCACAGUCACGACGUCCAGUUUAUCGACGACGUCGUUAGAUUUAAGAUACUCGGCUACGUACGGUAAUCCGUACCUGCGAGUUAAUCACAAUAAUCCGUUACCAUCGCCUCCUCCAAAUCCAGGCCAACCACCGCCACCUCCGCCUUACACUAAUAUUAAAAAUGGUUCAGUUCCUCAGUUAGCAUUAAAAAUGCCAAAUUCAAAUUCUUCGCAAUAUAUACUAGCCAAUAAAACGCAACAAAUAACAACAAAAAAUACCACUCAAGCGACGCAUGUAUAACGUAAAGCUCAAAUUAAAUUUAAGUUUGUUUUUUUCUCUCUUUUUUCUGUUGUUACUUAGCUCUCUUUAUGUGUUUUCCCCUUUUUCGUCGUUUUUUUUUGAAUUCGAAUUUUAGUAGUUUUCUCGAUAUUUUUUAUAUGUGAUACUCAUUUUUUUUUACUUAUAUUGUAUUAAUUUUAAAAUCGUAUUUUUUUUUUUUACUUUGUUACUAUGUGUGUGUGUUUUUUUUUAUUAUUAUUAUCAUUAUUUCCUAUUGUGAAAUGUUAACAUUUCCUCGAUGGGAACGAAAUUGUGUUAAAUAAACGAAACCCUGCGAAUUUUUAAUAAAUUAUGCGCAUGAAUGUAAGUACCUAAUUUUUUUAUAUUUUUCUUUCGAGUCGUCUACGAUGAUUUUGUGUUGUGACGUUUACCUAGCGUAUCUUCUUGUUACCGUUUAAAUAAUGUUUAUGUUUAAUCAAAAUAAUCAUUAGGUAAAAAAAAUGGAACAGAAAUUCAAGUAUUUCUGAAAUACUUAUCAAAUUGAAAUUGAAAUUUUUUUAUAAAAUAGAAAAGAAAUCAAUUCGAAUUUCGAAUAAUCCAAAAAUAAAGAGCUCCUGCAAAUUUCAAAAUUAAGUAGAAAAUUUCGUAGUAUGGAGGUCUUGCAAACUCCAAGAUUGGUCUGAAACUUUGCUUGUUCAUUUUUUUUUUCAAAACAAAUUUCACUUCGAUUUGAUUUUCUUUUCGUAUUUGUUCUUCUUGAUUUUUUUUUGUUCCUUUGUAUAGAAAGUAUACUACUUUGUGAUUUAAGUUCUUCAAACCUAAGUUCUACUUAAUUGAAUGCAAUAAAUCAUGAUGUACUUAUAAGAAUUAAUUGUUCAACUUUCAAUGUAUAACUGUAUGAUAUGUAUCUAUGUAAUUGUAUUUCUAUUGUGAAUUUUUUUUAAUGAAUUUUAUUGUUGUGCAUUUGUUUUUAUUUUUUUCUUUGUGAAUAUGGAUGUAUAUUUUGAGUUAUUAAACGAUAUUAAUGUUUUUUGAAUAA